CGUCCGAUUUGGUUCCUGCUGUCCGCCCAACGCCGUCAGUCCAACACGCCCGCCCGCCCAAACCGCGCGUCUCGCCACUCGCCCGCUCUCGCCGCGACCGCGUACUACGAACCACCCGAAUCUGUGUUCAAGUGACAAUACGAAACAUGUAAAUGAGUGUUAUGUCGUGUUCAAGAGUAAUCGCCGUGAAAGAUGCUCCAAGACAUUAAAUAUUCAUGAUAGAACCGUAUCCGGGAUCUGGCAGAGCUCUACUUUCAACAGAUCAAAUGAUGAUGGAGACGGAUAAGAUGUCAACGGCAUCAUCAGUGGGCGCAGCCGAGAGGCGCCCACUGAUGCAAGCCUUGCUGCUGGAGAGACGCAUACUCUUCGCCUGUACUGUGCUGAUAGGCUUAUGCACUUUUGUGUGGAUCACAGCCGUUUGCACAGAGAAGUGGGUCCAUAUAGAAGGAGGAAAUGGUGUAUACCUGCCCAAAAAAGGCAGGUACCUCAUGUACAGCGACUCGGGAGUGUGGGAGAUCUGCCGGCACGUCUUCCAGCCUGAUAACGUGACGGUGACAGAUGAGCACAACGUCACCAAAUCCGUUCAGCCAAAGCCGCAGAAUGACAUUACGGGGCUGAAGGGGAAGUUUUUCUUAAGAUGCACAAAUUACUUAGCGCAACCCGUUUUAGAACAUAACAAGCCGCUGGACCCAGCUUAUGAUUUAAUAGUUGCUAAUUACGUGAGGACGAUGAUCUCCUUCGGCAUCAUCAGCCUGUUCGUGAUGGCGAUGGGCUGCGGCUUCUCCAUCUACACCUUCCGCAACCCUCGCUACAUGUUCAAGAGACUUGCGGCGGGAAUACACUUCAUCAGCACUGCAUGCACAUUCGUGGUAGUGCAAGUGAUGAUGUCAUCAGUGGACCACAUGAAGAAGAGUGUAACAUACGUGUAUCCAGAACGUGCCUACCAUUAUUUCCACAUCAGUUUCUUCCUCGCUUGGUUCGUGGUGCUCGUCAACUUCUUCGCAGCAGCCUCCUUCCUCUGGUACUCCAGAAAGAGGAAAGGUGACAAAGCGGCCACAGACGAGCUGGCCAUGGCCGACGAGCCGACCAUCAUCGGACGAUGACGUCACUGCACCUUCACCUCACUUUUCUCUUUACUGAACAGUGCUCAACCGACCAAUAGCGGUAGCGUUAGUCUUCCAAGUAUUGUACGCAAGAUUAGGGAACAGCUGUUCAGCUCACGACUGAUAUGGUUAUUUUCUUUAUACCACAUUAUAAAAUGACAUUUAUAUUUAAGGGUUACGCGCAUUAUAAUUUGAGCAUUGCCUUAUUUGUUUAAGUCAAGGAUAGCCUAGAUCACAGUCCUUGUCUUCUCAUCCAUCAACUUAAUUCAAGUUGCAUUAUAAAUUACUUAUCUCUAGAUGUAGGUAGGUAUAUUUCAUUAAACGAAUAAAAAGUGCCAAGCUCCUUCAUGAAUGUCUAAUCGGCUUACAAUAUACAACAACAUAUCCAUUGAGUCAGUAGAUUAAAUAAUCAUAAAAUAUGUUAGGAUUAAAAUAAACUAACAGUUUUCAUUGUCACGGAAAAUUACCCCUUCAUUUAUCGUUCAAUCUUCAUUUUUCACCGGAUGUACAUACCGUCGUUUGAACCUAAUUUAUUUUUCAACACUUCAUCAAUUAUACUUAAGUUCUAAAAUAACUCAAUGCUCAAAUUAUCUAUUUACUCUGUAAUGCGUUGAAAUCUUCUACGUUAAGCCUUGUUAAUCUUAUAAGUGAUUUGCAACAGUAAUUAGCAGUCGUUAUGCUAGAUUUUAGGGCCUCUUUGCAGUUAAGUUGAUUGCCUACAGGCUGGUUAUAGAACAAACACCUGCCAUAAAAGCUCUUAAAAAGAAAAAAAUAAUAGGAAAAAGGUCUGUUCACUUUUUUAAAAACAUUUUUCUUCAGUAAUAAAAUGAAACUUCUCGUUUUAUUAUUGGAGUAAAGAAAUCCGCAAGUUUAUAGAGCUAAAGGAAAGAAAUACUCAAAAUAUUGAUCGUUUAUCAAUCAGUAUAGUAGUUUUUAUUAAAGUUUUAGUACUUACUCGUAGUUUUGGUGGCAGAAUAAACUUAACAGGCAAAGAGUUUUCUGUGGCAAAUAAUAACAAUAUCGAAAUGUUACCAAUAACGCCGUGUAAAGGUUUUAUUUAUUCAUGUAAAUUAUUAUUAUUGCUUUUGAUCUUCUAUCACUUAUUAUGAUGUGAUUGUGGUUAGUGGACCAAAUCAGAUUAUAUCAGCUGAAAUAAUUGUUACUACUUGUAAGCAAAGGCGAAUUGCUAUGGCAUUUUAAAUAUUUAAUAUUGAAUAUCUGUAUCUAUGUACUUCAGUGGCAAUAAUAACGCGAAAUGCUACGUUGCAAUGCCUUCAAAGACGUUAUUAAACUUAUAGGAUUAACGAAGUAUGUAUAUAACCUCGUUUUAAUGUAUUAAGUGCUUGCAAAAAGAAGCAAGUUUUUGGUAUCAAACUUACAUAAGGUCCAUAGCACACUUAUCACCCUGGAAUGCGAUCAACACCGCGCUGUCAACCGCGAGGCGUUACGGUGCGGAUAUUAGUGUGCGUUGCAGUACGAAGUUUCAUAUACAAAGAAUAAACGCCUCGAGUUGAUACGGUUACGAUCCAUUCCCAGGCUGAAAAGUGUGCUUUGUCCUUUAUUUAUACCAAAAACUUUGUCCUUGAGCGAGACCCUAUCUCGGGUGUUUUCGAAUGAGUCUGCCUAUUGUUGUUUUGUACCUUAUAAACUGCUGAAAUGGGGAUUUGUAUAUACAAUUGAUUCUAGUCAUCGUACUUUUAUAUUACGCAAUUCAUAUUUUUUGCAUGGAUAUUUAUGAUUGUUCUGAUGUUACACGAUAAAUUAAUCUUUAAAGCACGAUAUCAAAUUAAUGUUGGAAUAUAAUUUUGUUACGUUUUAAAAUAUUUAUUAUGAUGGAGUUUUCAUAAAUAUAACAAAUCAAUAUAAAAGAGGUUAACAAUUUGUUAAAAGACACUAAACUAAACGGCAGUUUGGCGUUAUAAAAUAUUCAUAUUAAAUAGUUAAGAAAUAUUUUAUAGCUAUUAGCCAAGCAAACAAUAUUAUUAGUUGCCAAAUAUCCGAAAUCCGAAAGAACUUUAGCUAUUUUCAGCAAAAUGGAAUAGUUGUGUAACUUCAAAACAAUUAUGGAACGAAUCCAAAGGGUGGUAUUGUUUAUUCCAAUAAUAAUAUUUGCAUUAUCGUGUGUAUUGAUGUACGUUCUUCCUAUUUAUAAUUCUUUUUUAUUGAAUAAACUCUUGAAACAA